AUGGCACCUACCGACUUGAUUCAGGACUUGCUCAAACGAGCCCACACGGAGGUGGCGCAGUCGGUCCUCCAGGAUGUUGAAGGCAGGAUGCCUCUCCAGCUGCCAACUCUUUUGCUGCGGGUCCCCAGAUUGCAGAGUGGGUCGAACGCUCCCCACAGCAACUACGUGUACGAUCUGCUGCUGCCGUACCUUUUGACGUAUUUAUGCGCUGACCAGAAAGAAAAGAUCUCGGUGUCGGUUGAUCCUUUUGUGGCUUUCCCUAUGGCUAAUCUUUUGAUCUCGAAGGGUUUCAAGGUGGUCCGGGAAACAGAUGAUGCCCUGCAGAAGAGGUCCGCUAUUGCUCCCCUCACUUUAGCUGUCCGAAGUCAAACGAAAGAGGACGUUCUGGCCAGCCUUGAGCAUUCAACAGGUACUUCUGGCGGCAGGAGCAAGCUUUGA